AUGAAAAGAAGAAGAGAAAGUGAUUGUCGUAAUUCAAGAGAACGUGUUCUAGUUAAUGUCUGUCAACCGGUGAAACAAGAUGUUUAUGAAAAUAGCGCAAAUUUAUUAAGACGUGUAAAGAAAAAAAGGAAGAUAAACUAUAAUUUAUUCAUUUCCGAGUUACCGUGGAAUUGUACAGUCCCACGUAUAGUGAAGGCGUUCAAAGAGCGCGGUUAUUCUAAAAUUCGAGUUAAAUUGGCUAAAGAUGAUAAAGGUCGUUUUACUGGAAUGGCUUUCGUUGAAUUUUCAAAAUAUCAUCUGACACAACUGAUCGAAGAGCAUUCCAUUAAACCAUUUUGUAUUUCCAAAAAUAGACCGUUACACAUGAAACGUUUACUGCAUAACGUCCCAUAUGACGAUAAAUUAACAAGAUGCGCCGUCUCCAGCCAAAUCAAAAUCAUUUUUGCACCACUAUUUGAUACGCUACCUGAUCAUAUAAUCCGAACAGCAUUUGAACGCUAUGGUAGAAUAUCUCAUUUAACGUCGUAUUAUGAUGAAGAACUCUGUCGUUUAGUUUGCGAUAUUCAAUACAAGAAUUAUGAUUCAGUGGAUCAGGUAAUUCAAUGUUCACCAUUUGAUCCAUUAUGUAUUGAAAGUGUGCAUAAAGCUAUUGAUAUGUUACCCGAAUAUCAUCCACAAAUGAUCCAACAUCGAAAAAAAAUUGAUAAUGUUAAAGUUAAACGAGCAAUGUAUCAUGAAAAAUUAAAAGGAAAAUAA